ACUCAGCUUUUUUACAUCGUAUCACUGAGAUAGAUAAGAUAUCUUAUCUAGUAUAAAUAUAGUAUGUUAUUUUAUCGAUCUCAGUGCGUCGUAUAUUUCUACCGUGUUGUACUGUUAUGCUCUUCGUAUGGUCUGACUACGUGAGUUUUAUGUCCGUUUGGGCGUCGGUCAUCUCGUUGAACUAUAAUGCUGUAACGCCGCAUACACUAACGUGCCAUUCGUGCUCGCCGAUGCCGAGUGGUUAAGGCCGUUGCUCUACGCGUUAUCGUUUGCUCGCGAGGACUGUUGUCGUCAGACCGUCGCUCCACAAAACGUUCUUAACGCUCGGGGACGUGCAUUACAUUUCGUCAUUCCACGUACCAUUACGGAUUAAAUGUUCGUGUCCAUAACGAGUUCCUUGAGCAGCUCAGCAAGGAUGUGCUCAAGACAUCACCAGGUACGGUUGAAUGGACCUACGGUGCUCCCCAUUCCUCAAUAUUUUAUAAUAGCAUCCGAAGAAUGCGCUUAAAAGCCCCGUUUGCGCAAACAUUGGUAGCAGAGCACGGUUGGUUGAUCCAUCAUUAAACAGAGGUACUCAGUUUCCAAUUGACAGUAAUACAAUUGACAACAGUCACGAUGCACAAAGGCAGCGGACAUAAAUAUUCAGGGAUGAAAAAAAUAUUCAAAUUGGCAGUAAUAAUAUUGACAAUAUUCUUGAUGUUCAAUGGCAGUGGACAUAAAUAUUCAGCGAUGAAAAAAAUAUACAAAUUGGUAGUAAUGAAAUUGAUAACAAUCUUGAUGAAGAAUGGCAGUGGAAAUAAAUAUUCAGGGAUGAAAAAAAUAUUCAAAUUGGCAGGAAUAAUAUUGACAAUAUCCUGGUUGUACAAUGGCAGUGGACAUAAAUAUUCAGUGAUGAAAAAAAUAUUCAAAUUGGUAGUUAUCAAAUUGAUAACAAUCUUGAUGAAGAAUGGCAGUGGACAUAAAUAUUCGGGGAUGAAAAAAAUAUUCAAAUUGGCAGUAAUAGUAUUGACAAUAUUCUUGUUGUUCAAUGGUAAGGGACAUGAAUAUUCAGUGAUUAAAAAAAUAUUCAAAUUGGUAGUAAUCAAAUUGACAUCAGUUUUGAUGCACAAUAGCAGUGGACAUAAAUAUUCAGGGAUGAAAAAAAUAUUCAAAUUGGUAGUAAUCAAAUUGAUAACAGUCUUGAUGAACAAUGACAGUGGACAUAAAUAUUCAGGGAUGAACAAAAUAUUCAAAUUGGCAGGAAUAAUAUUGACAAUAUCCUGGUUGUACAAUGGCAGUGGACAUAAAUAUUCAGUGAUGAAAAAAAUAUUCAAAUUUUUCCAGUUGGUAGUAAUCAAAUUGACAACAGUUUUGAAGUACAAUGGCAGUGGACAUAAAUAUUCAGUGAUGAAAAAAAUAUUCAAAUUGGCAGUAAUAAUAUUGGCAAUAUUCUUGAUGUACAAUGACAAGGGACAUGAAUAUUCAAUGAUGAAAAAAUUAUUCAAAUUGGCAGUAUUAAUAUUGGCAAUAUUCUUGAUGUACAAUAACAGGGAACAUGAAUAUACAGUGAUGAAAAAAUUAUUCAAAUUGGCAGUAAUAAUAUUGGCAAUAUUCUUGAUGUACAAUACAAAGGGAUCGGAAUGUUCAGUGAUGAAUAAAAUAUUCAAAUUGAGUGUAGAGUGAGCAAUAUCCGACUUAAAAUGUCGGCAGUUAUAUUAUUGACAAUAGACUUGCUGUACAAUAGCAGUGGACUUAAAUUCCACGGAAGAAAAAAAUAUUCAAAGUGAAUGCAGAAUGAGCAAGAUUUGACUUAAAAUUGUAUUUGUUUUAAUGGUGUUAAUUUAUUUAUUUUAAUUAUUGUACGUUCUGUCUGUUUUGUUCAUCAACAGGUUAAAAUAUAAGUGAACUUUGUCUAAUUUUGGAAAAGUUUUUAAUUAGUUCCCACAUAUUAUAGUGUAUUAUUAUCUACAUGAAUAAUUUUUUUGUAUUGUUCUUUCUUACAUAAUUGAUAGAGGGAAUUUUCAAUGUAUAACAUCUGACUUUUGUAUAAUUUUUUAAGUAUUGCAUUUAUUAUAUCAUUUCUAAUAAGUGUUUAUUUUUCAAUUAAUGAACGUGAGUAUUUUAACGGGUUAGUAGUAGAGCUAGCUAUAGUUAUUUUUAACAAUAACAAAUAUCUAAAAUUAUUUGACAGUGAAUCGUUAUUUUACUAGUGAAUUUUGAAUUUUGUAAAAAUAUAAACUUAAGAUAAAAUUUUUUUUGUCACAAAUGUUCAAGUUCUUCUAUAAUUAUUGUAAGCCAAAUUUAUGGAUUAAAGUUUCAAUUCUUAGUUUCUUAUACAAAUGUUAUUAUAAAUGUUAACUGCAAUAUAAUUUGAAAAUAUUCAUGAUUUUGAUGUAUUUUUGUCAACAUUUGUACUUGACAGGCUAAAUAAACAAUCGUUUUGUUAAUUUUUUAUAUUUUAUACAUGUAUUAUGUAUAGUAUUAAUUCCAUAUUUAAUUCCAAUUAUUGAUCAAGGGCACUUUUAUGUAUUAGAAAGGAACAAUGAAUGUUCAUUUUUCCAUUUUCCAACAGCACGCCGUUGAUACAACCCGUGUUGUGGACCCACAACUAGCACAAAGUUACUUUAAAAUUUAAAGUUUCGUUAAACAUAACCCCCUCCCCCUCAUUUACACCCAUAAUUAUAUCAUAACAAG